AGUGCUGUGCAGGCUGGAAGGAGCAUGUGGGUCCGCUGCGCGCUGUUGGGGGCGCGAGCCCGGUCGCAACUGCAGUCGGGAGUGCUAGCACCUUGCCGCCGCCACGGUGGUGCUGCCUCUUACUCCGCAUCUGCUCAAGCCUCCCGGGUCCGGGCGCUAAUCUAUGGGAGCCACGGAGAUCCAGCCAAGGUCGUCGAACUGAAGAACCUGGAGCUAGCGGCCGUGGGAGGAUCAGACGUCCACGUGAAGAUGCUGGCGGCCCCUAUCAAUCCAUCUGACAUAAAUAUGAUCCAAGGGAACUAUGGCCUCCUUCCCAAGCUGCCUGCUGUUGGAGGGAACGAAGGUGUGGGACAAGUGGAGGCCGUGGGCUGCCGUGUGACUAGACUGAAGCCAGGAGACUGGGUGAUUCCUGCAAACGCUGGGUUGGGAACCUGGCAGACCGAGGCCGUGUUCAGUGAGAAAGCAUUGAUCCAAGUUCCCAAUGACAUCCCUCUUCAGAGUGCUGCCACCCUGGGUGUCAACCCCUGCACAGCCUACAGGAUGUUGGUGGACUUUGAGCAGCUGAAGCCAGGGGACUCUGUCAUCCAGAAUGCAUCCAACAGUGGAGUGGGGCAAGCAGUCAUUCAGAUCGCCGCAGCCCUGGGCCUAAGGACCAUCAAUGUAGUCCGAGACAGGCCUGACAUCCAGAAACUGAUGGACAGACUAAAGGAUCUGGGGGCCGAGCAUGUCAUCACAGAGGAGGAACUAAGAAAGCAAGAAGCAAAAAACUUGUUCAAGAACACACCCCAGCCACGGCUUGCUCUCAACUGUGUUGGCGGGAAAAGCUCCACAGAGUUGCUGCGGCAUUUAGCGUCUGGAGGAACCAUGGUGACCUACGGGGGGAUGGCCAAGCAGCCCGUCACAGCGCCUGUGAGCCUGCUCAUUUUUAAGGACCUCAAACUUCGGGGCUUUUGGUUGUCGCAAUGGAAGAAAGAUCACAGUCCAGACGAGUUCCAGGGGCUGAUUCUCACUCUGUGUGACCUCAUCCACCGAGGCCAGCUCACAGCCCCUGCGUGCUCAGAGGUCCCACUCCAGGACUACCAGCGGGCCUUGGAAGCCUCCAUGGAGCCCUUUGUGUCUUCCAAGCAGAUUCUCACCAUGUGAGCUGCAGCUGGAGGGGCAGUGAGUGGGUGGGGGGAAGUGGACCCACCAGGCUGACUUCAGGCCCUUCAGUUAGGGCCCAGCCUUCCCCAGACUGCUCUCCACUUGCUGCCUCUUCCCCCAGGAGGAUGGGGAGGUCAGCCUUGGGCAUCUAAUAAAGUCUGAACAUCCUUAAAAAAAAAAAAAA